CACCUCGUCCACCCACCAGCACAGCAAUUCCAGACGCCGCGAGGUCACCGUCACAGCCAUGCCGAAGAAUAAAGGAAAAGGAGGUAAAAACAGGCGCAGAGGUAAGAAUGAAAAUGAGUCUGAAAAAAGAGAACUGGUAUUCAAAGAAGAUGGACAAGAGUAUGCUCAAGUAAUCAAAAUGUUGGGGAAUGGACGAUUAGAAGCAAUGUGUUUUGAUGGGGUAAAGAGGUUGUGUCACAUCAGAGGGAAAUUGAGGAAAAAGGUUUGGAUCAAUACCUCAGACAUUAUAUUGGUUGGCCUCCGAGACUAUCAGGACAAUAAGGCUGAUGUAAUUUUGAAGUACAAUGCGGAUGAAGCUAGAAGUCUGAAAGCAUAUGGCGAGCUUCCAGAGCACGCGAAAAUCAAUGAAACAGAUACAUUUGGUCCAGGAGAUGAUGAUGAGAUCCAGUUUGAUGACAUUGGAGAUGAUGAUGAAGAUAUUGAUGACAUCUAAAUAGAACUCAACAUUUUACAUUCCAGUUUUUCUGACGGUUGUCCCACAGUUUGGAUUUUGGCCACGACCCUUAAAAGAAGAUUCAGAUUUCAUUAGCAUGAUUGCAAUUUUUUAAGGAAGGCUGAUUUAUUACUUUUAAGGUGUUUGUUGUUUUGAAAACUGCGUAAUGUUCAAUAAUCUUAAGUGGGAUGUUAAGCCCACCUUGCUCUUUGGAUGUAAUGGAGA